CCACCGUCCUAGUGGUCGGUGACCCUCCCUCCGUCUGCCGCUCUUUUUGCGAUGACUGUUUCUCCCACUCUCGAAACAUUCCCGCCAAAGAUGCGACUCGUCUGGAGAACGAGGCCCAGAUUUCCCUAAAAAAUUCCCGUAAAGAUGCACCUCCGUCGUCCGCCAUUUCCAAAAUCCAAUCCUCUGCAAACCCUAACCACGCCCUAGCAAUCCCAAUCUCACGCUAACCGAACCUCCCCCAAACCCUAGGUUUCCCGAUAAACGUUCGAUCGUUCGCCGAGAAGAGACCCCUAGACCUCUGGAGGCCAUGGACCCUUUAAACCAAGAGCCGGCCGUGAGCCAGGAAACGCCACCGCCGCAGGAGCCGCCGAAGCCGGCGGAGGAGCGGAACUGGGCGGAGCUGCCCCGCGAUGUGCUGUUGCUGAUCUUCCAGAAAAUCGGGGCGAUCGAGAUCCUCAUGGCUGCCCAGUGGGUGUGCCGGCCGUGGAGGCAGCUCUCCCACGAGCCUCAGCUGUGGCGGUGCAUCGACAUGCUGUACCAUGCCGACUUGUUCAAUCAGAUCGACAUGGAGUCGAUGGCGAGGGAAGCCGUGGAUCGGAGCAACGGGCAGGUUGAGGAAUUCUACGGCGAGUACUUUGGGAGUGAUGCACUCUUGCGAUACAUUGCUGACAGAACCAGUCAUUUGAAGUGCCUUCGUCUGAUAUCAUGCUAUGAUAUCUCAGAUGAAGGGUUGAUUGAGAUGGCCAAGAGAUUUCCCCAGCUAGAGGAGCUGGAGCUGUCACAUUGUUCCCAAUUCUCUGAAAAACUAUUUGAAUCUAUUGGUGAAGCGUGGUCCCAGCUGAAACGUUUGCGACUGAACAAUAGGUGGUGGAACCUUCCUCACAUGGAACAUGAUGACAAUGAGGCAGUUGCAAUAGCCAAGAACAUGCAUGAGCUGCACCACCUUCAACUCUUUGCAAACAGGCUUACUAAUGUUGGACUGCAGGCCAUCCUUGAUAACUGCCCCCACCUUGAGUCCCUUGACAUACGCCAGUGUUUCCACAUUAACAUGGAUGGAACUCUGCGAGCAAAGUGUGCGAGGAUCAAAACCCUCAGGCUCCCAAAUGACCCUACUAAUGACUACGAGUUCUGUGCUGAUAUUGAAGACUUUGUUGAUGAUUACCCCUCUGGAACUUCCGAGACUGAUUUGAUUUAUGAUGAUAUGUUCGAUGAUUACUAUGACAUCAGUGAUUUUGAUGAAGACUAUCCAGGCUUUCUUCUCUGAAAUAAGACUUAUGCUGGAUCUAACCUUGCACUUUAAUGGUUGCACGUUCUUGGGCAAGGUGGGUUUGGCAUUUGAGAGAAAGAAAGUUGACAUGCUGGUGUUGUUAGGGUAUGACAAUGCUGCUUUUGGUGGGAACAGGGAGCGGGGAUACUGAUAUGGUUGGAGCCUCGUAAUUUUUAUUCAGGUGUUGCUGCAUAAGAAGAGAAAGAUGUGGUACUCAUACGGUAUGGGAUCUGAAAAACGUGCUUAUGGCAAAGCCUCUUCAUGUAUCUAUGUUGAAGGUACUAGUACUUUACCUAUUAUGUGUUAAAUACUGGCAUAACUAGGGGACUAAUGUCAGUAAACUUGUAGUUUUGUAAUUUGAUGUGCCAUUUAAGUUGCUCUAUUGUGAUCCGUGUUAUAGGUUUGGAAUAUGGAAAUAGCCUAUCUACACGGAGGAUAAGAUUGUUUAUAUCUGAUCCGUCAUAAUAAGCCCCACAGAGAGCCAGCCAGAUGCAUUGGGUUGCUUUUUUCUUGUUUGGCCUUGUGAUCUUUAAGGAAAUUGAGUAUUUGAAAUUUUAGGGAAGAUGAUAUGGAAAUGUUAUCACAAGUUGGGAUUAAAAUUUGAUGAAUUGCAUUAUUGUCAGAAUAGAUUGAGCAAAACUAUGCAUCAGAUUCAGAAAUUAUGGUGAAAAAAUUAAAGGAACCUCUUAUUGAUAAUUCAGUAUCGGCAUCCAAACCGGUGACUUGUUGGAUGAUUGAAAACCUCAAUGCACCCUUUAUUUUAUUUGUUUUUAGGCAGGAACACCCUUGUGCAAUACUUUGUAGUUUUGAACGUUAUGACUACUGAUUUAUGUUUGCAUCUUAGAGAAGUUUAUGCA